AUGACUCUCAAAAGUAGUCUCAAACAACUGAAAGUCUUAGCGCUGACCGGACUCAAGAUCUGUCUUUCGGUUAUAUUCUUCGUCGACCUGGUUUCUGAUAUUCUCGUUGUCAAGUUUUUCUUUUCUGAGCGAAAAUGCGAUCCAAAUUAUGUCCCUCCAAAUCAGAAAGAAGCAGCCGAUCUAUUUCCAAACGAAACCCGACUUGCGAUGGGAAUCGGGUUAGAAUGGAUGGAAACAGAAGCUCGAGACCCGGAUGAGAUUAAAAUAAAUUACACUCUCUAUGGCAUCUUGUACUUGAUUUUUUUCGUGGCAUCGCAUUUUGCCCAGGCGAUUUUCAGCUGCAAAAGAUGGUCUGAGUGGACGGUCAACGGCGAAUGUGAACCAAACACCUUGACGUGUCAUCUUAAAGUUGCUCAUGUUUUUCUCCUUCACAUGAUCCACAGAUACUUCAAAGAGCUGCAUUUCUUCUUUCGGCUACAAAAAGCUAAAAUCAAAGGCAAAACAGAAGUAAUAACACGAUUCUGGAACGACUAUGUGAAUCUGGUGCACGACAAUCACUUUCUGAUUAUCAUUGAAAAGGGAAUCGAAGCUACGCCUCAGGUCGUUCUUCUUCUCUACGUUUACGUCCUUGAGCGCUGCCGGAAUUGUUCGGAGGAUCUACUCGCAGUUGAUGUGCCCAUCUUCGGCAAAGUCGACAUUAUCUACAAAAUCGCCUUUUCCUUUCUAUGUGUUGUUCUGCCACUGGCGUUGUCUGUUUCCGACGAACAACUGAGGCCAAAUGAUCUCCGCUCAGAAUGGUCUGCCAAGAAGAAGUAUCUCUGUUCAGCGCCUAUUUACGCUCUAUGGAUUGUCACUUUCACCGGUGUGCGAAUCAUCUGUCUCGCUGGAAUGUUCAUAAUGCACCCUGUCUUCUCACUCGUCUGGUUACUUACAAGAGUGGUUAUCCUUUCAGUGUUGACGAAGAAAGCGGUCUGUUCUUUAGGUCGUACUAUCCUCACGAACCUUGUUUGGAUGACGAUUUGGUUCGAACCGAUUGGCGCGCGAGAAAUUAACCGACCCGAGUAUGAAAAAAGAUACCAGCAACAAGACCUUCUUUAUUUCAAUUACGUUGCUGGAACUAUCGAGCUUCUGAUUUCGUGCGCAGUCUUUUACUUUCAAGGCAACGCCUGCUUAGCCAUUGUCGUGAACUGGUUCAGAUGGACAAACUUGGGAUUUGUCGUCGCUCUUCUCGUCGCCCACUUAGUUUCGAUAGCGGCUGCAUUUAUCUUUCAUAGAUACAUUAACAAAAAGAGUUCUCAAGCAAAGCUUGACGAGGAAAUUGCUUUGGAAAAGGCGAGAGCGCAACAGUCGCAAGAACAAGCAGUACUGAUUGCUUGA